AUGGCGGCCACGCCGUGGCUGCUUCUUCUCUGCCUCAGCCUCGCCGCCGGAGGCGUGCUGCACGCUCGUGCCCAGCCGGACAGCAACGGAUUCAUAAGCAUAGACUGCGGACUGCAGGGGGAGGAGGGCUACGUGGACACGGCCACCAAGCUCUCGUACUACCCGGACACCGGCUUCACCGACGGCGCCGGCACCUGCCGCAACAUUUCGGCCGACUACAUAACGCCGUCCUUGUGCAAGUGCUUGUACACCGUCCGCAGCUUCCCAGCCGGCGCGCGGAACUGCUACACGCUCCGCUCCCUCGUGCCCGGGCUCAAGUACCUCAUCCGGGCCAAGUUCAUGUACGGCAACUACGACGCCCUCCGUCGGCCGCCUGUCUUUGACCUCCACAUCGGCGUCAACCACUGGCACACCGUGAACAUCUCAAAGCCGCAUGUGGAAAAGUCUGUGGAGGCCCUCGUUGUGGUGCCAGACGACUUCGUGCAAGUUUGCCUGAUCAACACCGGCGCUGGGACGCCCUUCAUCUCUUCGUUGGAGCUCAGGCCGCUCAAAAAGACGCUCUACCCGCAGGUGACUGUGGCACAGGGGCUCCUGCUCUCUGAGAGGAGCAACUUCGGCCAGAUUGAUGGAAACAACGUCAUCAGGUAUCCCGACGAUACACAUGACAGAAUAUGGACGCCUCUGGUCAGCUCUGGAACAUAUACCGAGGUAUCAACGACGAGCAAGGUCAUACCGGACAGCCUCUUUGAGGUACCGACGACCGUGAUGCAGACGGCGAUGAGGCCACGAAAUGUCUCAAGUGGCAUAUCAUUGUCUUGGGACCCUGAGCCGCAACCCAACAAUCCAUCGCCAGGGUACAUCAUCAUCAUGCACUUCUCUGAACUAGAGUUCCUCCUGUUCAAUGUCACACGUGAGUUCUCAAUCAACCUCGACAACGAGCCAUGGCACCCAGACAAUGUCACGCCGAAAUACCUCUACGGAGCCGCCAUCUACAAUAGCGUCCCCUCCAGAAAGAGCCGCUACGACAUAUCGAUCAUUCCCACCGCCAGAUCAACGCAGCCGCCUAUCAUCAACGCUAUUGAAACAUACACUGUUGUAACCACCACCAAGCUUGGCACCGACUCCCUGGAUGUGUCUGCGAUCAUGGCAAUCAAGGUGAAGUAUCAGGUGCAUAAAAACUGGUUUGGUGACCCGUGCGGUCCGGAGACUGUUAUGGUGUGGGACAGGUUGACAUGUAGCUACGCCACUGCAAGGCCCCCAAGGAUUAUACGCUUAGACUUGUCCUUGAGAGGUCUGAACGGUGAUAUCUCAUCUUCUUUCACCAAUCUCAAAGCUAUCCAGUACUUGAAUCUAUCAAACAAUAACUUGGUAGGAUCAAUUCCAGAUGCCCUUUCGCAGUUAACUUCAUUGACAGUUCUAGAUUUGUCACACAACCAGCUCAAUGGAGCAAUCCCAUCUAGACUUCUCAAAAGAGUUGAAGACGGCUCACUGAAUCUAAGAUAUGGCAACAAUCGAGACCUUUGCGCCAAUGACAAUUCAUGUCGGUUGGCAACUAAACGAAAGAGCAAUCUGGCCAUCUACAUUGCCGUCCCUGUGGUUGUGUCCAUGAUAGUGGUGAUAGUAGUGGUAGUACUCCUGUGCUCGCUAAGAUGGAAGAGACAAGGAUCAAUGAAUAACUCCGUGGAGCCACAAAAUGAAGCCACGACGAGCUAUGUGUCGGGAAACAAUGCUCAUAGGGACAGUUUUUCACUGCAUCAACUUGAGAGUCGCCGGUUCACAUACGAAGAGCUCAAGAUGAUAACAAACAACUUCCAACGAGUACUUGGCCAGGGAGGGUUCGGGUACGUCUAUGAUGGUUUUCUGGAGGAUGGCACUCAGGUGGCGGUAAAGUUACGGUCUCAUUCUUCCAGUCAAGGUUUCAAGGAGUUCCUUGCAGAGGCUCAUAUUUUAACACGGAUUCAUCACAAAAAUCUUGUCACCAUGACUGGUUACUGCAAGGAUGGGGAGUACAUGGCACUCGUCUACGAGUAUAUGUCAGAGGGAACCCUGCAUGAGCAUCUUGAAGGAAGCAAACACAAUGGAGGAUGUUUAUCGUGGAGACAAAGACUCUGA